AGGGCUGUGGGCGGGGGCCGGGUCAGCGAGGCCCGCACAACCGGAGGGAGAGCGCCGUUGAGCGCACGCUCAGAGCAGACGGCUGGAAGCAGGCAGGACGGACAGUCUAGGAAGACAGUGGGGUUGACCGCCAAAGGGAGGGAGGGGUGGUCAAGGGAAGCCGCCAGGCCAAGCACGCGAGGUGACAGCAGCGGCCCUCCACCGUAUGCGCGGACGCAGAGCAGGCGGUCGAGUGAGGACGCGCCGGGCACCGCGCGCUGGCCCCGCCGGGGCACAGGGGUGCCAUGUCCCGCGAGCGGCCUCCGCGCACCGACAUCCCCCGCAACCUGAGCUUUAUAGCGGCGCUGACCGAACGUGCCUACUACCGCAGCCAGCGGCCCAGCCUCGAGGAGGAGCCGGAGGAGGAGCCGGGGGAGGGCGGGACCCGGCCCGGUGCCCGCUCGCGGGCUCACGUUCCGGGCCGGGGGCGCAGGGCCCGCUCCGCGCCCGCAGGUGGCGGCGGGGCGCGGGCAGCCCGCAGCCGCAGCCCUGACACUCGCAAGAGAGUGCGUUUCGCUGACGCGCUGGGGCUGGAGCUGGUCGUGGUCCGCCGCUUCCGCCCGGGGGAACCGCCCCGGGUGCCCCGCCACGUGCAGGUGCAACUGCAGAGGGACGCCCUGCGCCACUUCGCGCCGUGCCCGCCGCGCGCCCGCGGCCUCCAGGAGGCGCGCGUGGCCCUGGAGCCCGCCCUGGAGCCCGGCUUCGCCGCCCGCCUGCAGGCGCAGCGCAUCUGCCUGGAGCGCGCCGACGCGGGCCCUCUGGGCGUGGCCGGGAGCGCGCGCGUGCUGGACCUGGCCUACGAGAAGCGCGUGAGCGUGCGCUGGAGCGCGGACGGCUGGCGCAGCCUGCGGGAGUCGCCUGCCGCCUACGCCGGCCCUGCCCCGGCCCCACCGCGGGCUGACCGCUUCUCCUUCCGCCUGCCCGCGCCUCCGGUCGGCGGCGCUCUGCUCUUCGCCCUGCGCUACCGUGUGACCGGCCGCGAGUUCUGGGACAACAACGGCGGCCGUGACUACGCGCUGCUUGGGCCCGAGCACCCUGGCGGUGCCGGAGCCGCGGAGCCCCAGGGCUGGAUCCAUUUUAUUUGAACUAGGCUCCUGCCGGCCGCAGCAGGGACAAAACAGUGGCACCCAGGCGUGGCGGGGAGACUUUGGCUCCAGGAACCGGGGAAUCACAAUUGGUAGAUGGGUGGAGAGCGGUCCCUGAGAGUCAAGCCGAGGUGGCUGGAAACCGUCUGUGAAACUCAGAUUGGGGUGGAAAACGGCAGGUGGGUGUAAGCGGAAGGAACUCAAGGAAUUCGAGAUAAGAGGUCCAGACGCGGAAGUUAAGCCUCCUUAGGUUAGGAAGCUCAGAUUGCUUCCCUCUUACUGGCCUUACCACCUCAGGUCCCCAUGCCCUGCCCACCCUAGCUUUAUCUGAGCCGAAAUUGCCUUGCUUAACCCCAGGAAUCUGAGCAUUGCCCCCUGGGCUCUGGUAGUGUUACCGGAUUCCCUUGACUCUCCGCAGUUCUUGGUUUCAGUCUUCAAGGACCGAUGGGAGAGAGUCCUUCAGCCACCAGGCAAGCCUCGGUGGCAAAACUGACUCCGAGCCUGCCCUUAUUAGUCAAAUAAUGGGGGCAUCUCAAGGGUUUGCAUAAUCAGGCUUCCAGAAAAAUGAAUGCCAGCCUUACUUCUCUGGGUACCUCUGAAAACCUUGAAGCACUUUGUGGACUAUUUGUCAAGGGACAGUGAAUCAUGAAAAUCACUACUGAUGUAUUCGUUGUGCCUCUGUAAAGAGGAAACCACCAAGUAUCUGUAUGAUGGAGGUUAUUUUCUUUUUGGGCUCCAGGUUCCUCUGUGAGAAAUUGGAUUUGAGUUUGGUGGUCUCUUAAGGUUACUUUUUUUUUUUUCUGAACAGGGUGUCUCGUCCAGGCUGGCACAAACUUGGAGGUCUCCUGCCCUAGCCUCUGCUGUGCUGGGGUUAUUGGUGUGAGCUGCUACAUUUAGGGCUACAUUUUGGUGUUUUAUGAUCUGUUCAUGGCACAGUACAGGUUAGAAACUAUAUUCUCCAAUCUAGUGCUACAGUUAAAGCCCACACGACAAGCCAGGUAUUGUGGCACACACAGGGGGACUGUUGAGUUUGAGGCCAGCCAGGUAAUAUUAUUCAAGCUAUCCUGGGCUGCCCGAGACUGUCUCCGAAAAUUAAAAGAAGUAAGGCUUAUCCAGCACAGUGAGUCUGUGGUUGGGAUGAGGAUAGUUCCUCCAUUUGGGGGGGGCACAGGUGAUCCAGGACACAGGAAGCAUAAGCAGCCCAUGGCCUUUAAUACAUUCCACAGCUUCCAAGUCACAGCUCACCCUGUGUCAUUUGCUCGUAACUUCCACAGACUUACAGCCCAAGCCCCUGAGAAAAUGGAGACGAGUACUGCUGUUAGGGAAAGUGAUGCAUGCUAGCCCCAGAAUGGAACCAGUUGGAAUCCUGGAGGUUAUGGGCAUAAGAAAUAGAAAACAGCCAGCACGCCUGUAAUCCCAGCACUCUGUGAAUUCGAGGCCAGCCUGUCUACAGAGCGAGUUCCAGGACAGCCUCUAAAACAAUACAGAGAAACCCUGUCUCGAGAAAAAAAAAAAAAAAAGAAAUAGAAAACAAAAAUGAAGGCAGGAGGUGACAGUUUGGUCCAUACCCAAGCCAAUGAACUGGAAAACCUGGAGUUUAAUGUGAUACCCACAUUCACACCUCACGCCCUUCCUGGGGGGCUCUAGGCGAGAGUUGGGUUUUACUGGCUGUUUUUCCUUUCCUUGUCUUUCCCUCCCUCCCUUUGUUCAAGAUUUAUUCAUUUAUUGUGUAUGCAGUAUUCUGCCUGCAUGUGUGCCUGCAGACCAGAAGAGGGCACCAGAUCUCAUUACAGAUGGUUGUGAGCCACCAUGUGGAGGCUGGGAAUUGAGCUCGGGACCUCUGGAAGAGCAGCCAGUGCUCUAACCUCUGAGCCAUCUCUCCAGCCCCCUCACUUGUUUCUUUGAACAUGUAGGACAUUUGCCUUUAUUUCCUCCCUUGUGGUCUCUAUGGGACAACCCUUUCCUUGAGAAGGGAUGGGCAUUGUAGCUCCUGUUCUCCAAGUCCACAGUUGAUCCACCCUCCUCAGCGGCAGUUCUUAAAGGGGAAGAGGAUGUUCCUUCCCGGUGUUAUAGUUGACCAAGGACCUCCCAGGUAACUGGCUCCUGCAUCCUUUCCACAGCUGGCAUCUCACUCCUCUUCCUGCCAGGUACCAACACAUCAGAAUUCAGUUUGGGGCUUGUUCCUUUGCCCCUCCGGUCAUUCCUCAAACAGAUGUACACUAAGCAUCAUCUGACCUUGUACAGAACCAGUUUGAUGUAUCCUGGGGAUCACCUUAAGGUUCAGCAAAGUCAGGGGAGGUGCUGCACUGGGAACCACCCAACACUCUCUAGUAUUCAACAAGGAGCCCAGGGAGACUGGGUUGAGGUUCAGUUGUGGCAUCAUUCCUAGUGUGUGUGUGUGUAUUAAUGUUACUUAAUGUUAACAGUAGUAACAGCUCCCAUUUAACUUUUGUGUGCUAAAUGUGUGACAUGCAUGUUUAAAACAGCACUGUGACUUGAGCAUUCUCUCUGUUUUAGAAUUAAGUCCAGGCUUAGUAAUUUGUUCAAGAGUGCAGGAUUGUGAGCCCAGGAGGUUCCCAUAACUAUGAGCAAGUUUAAUAUAUCAGGUGAAAGCCUGGAGAUUGAACUGAAA